AUGUUGCUGGCCGAUGAUCGAUUACGGGAAAGGUUACGGGUAGCCGUUCCUCUGGCUAUCGCUUUUCUUUUUGCCUGGAGCUUUCGAAUAUUUGGACUUCGCGAUGCUGUCCUGUCACUAAUCUACGUGCCCGAGAGGCUGUCGGAAGAGAGCUUGUUCGUGCAACAGGCCCUGAAGGUCGAGUUCCCAGCACCAAUCGACUACGGUCCGAUCCAAGAAGUAUGUGCACGCACGCACUUCAGGCCAGGCCUCCUCUUCACCUGUGAGGGUCAACACGGCGGCAUCGGCAUGCUUCGGAAUCAGAUGCUGAAAUGCAUACGAUAUGCUAUACACGGCGGCGGUGCGCUGGUGAUCCCAUCAAUGGCACUGCGCAACGCAAAAAACCUGGCCGACAUCGAGACGGCCACCGAGAUGCCCAUGGAGUACAUGCUGGACCGCAAAGCCUUUGUCCGGCACCUGACCGAGGGCUGUCCCGGCAUGCGCCUGUACGACCGUGCCGAGGAAUUUCCGUUUUACGACCAGCGGCAGGGGGAACCUCUGCCUCUGCUGGGCGACCAGUUCGAGCCCGACCAUCCCCCUGAAGGGCUGCAGUAUCCCCGUGCAUGGCGCCGUUUCUUUGACGAUUGGCUCGUUCGGCAGUCUGUGCAGAUCCAAAGCGAAAGACCGGUGCACAUCCAGAUGGAACAGUCUUUUCUCGAGUAUCCCGUGCGCAACGACGGCGACGCUUUUGUGCACGAGUUUGGCAAGGUCCUGUCUUUCCGCAACGACACUCGCGCCCUGGCUGAAAAAGUACUUUUCAGGCUCAAGCAGCGGUUCGCACUGCCCAUCAACCCGGCCGAUGUUAUUCACCCUGACGCGUACUACAGCGCACACCUGCGGCUCGAGUCCGACGCCAUCUGGGCCUGGCCGCCUGACGAGUGGCGUUUCUCACGCAUGGAAGACCAGUUCGACGAGCAAUACCGCAAUCUAAGGCGCACGGGUCUCAGCGUAGUGUACGUCGCGUCAGGAAACCAGACCGUGGUGCGGCUUUUUGCCGACUACCUCAACCGGCGUCUUGCGGUAGAUCCAGGCCACGAGCAGAAAAAUGUGACGGUUGUGACAAAGCAGGACCUACUGGAGGAACUGGACCGCCAGCGGUUGGACAGCAUGACGUUCGACCAGCAGGCUCUGGUGGACUUUAUGGUCAUGUUCAAGUCGAGCGCGUUUAUGGGUGUGGCGCACUCCAGCUUCCCUUGGAACGUUGCUCUGCGGAGGCACGAACUGAGCAAAUACGCCCAUUAUGCAAACGAGGGUUCGGAUUUGUUGCGAGACGAGUACAGCGUGAUUAUGGGGAUGAUGGCUGACUACCCAUAUAUUGACUCGUUUGUCACGAGCAUAUGGCCGUGA